GACGUUUUACUUUGUAUAGGUUUAGGUGAAUAGGACAGCGCCAUCUUGUGGUGGGUUUCAUGAUGUCUGUGUCUUUUCUUCUCUUCCCAUUUCGCUCCUUCCAAUGAUCGUGCAAGAAGAAAUGCGUUUAGUGAGGCUUUCAUCACCGGCGAUUCGUGGCGUAAAAUGAGCGCCGGACAAAGACGCGUCGACAUCUGAGUGCGUUUGGGGACAGAUACGAUGAUGAUGAAGACGACGAGACGAGCGGACAGCCGGCGAGCGCAGCCUGCUUUACCGCAGUGGAUGCGCAUGUAUUUCUACGGGAUGCACGGAGUCACGCUGGACAUCCUGCUGUCCUCCGCGCGCCGGUUCCUGGAUGACAACGACUUUAAACUGCUGGGGUUCUCCUCUCCGUAUCUGUGCAUCGUGCACUCUAUUACGCAUCUGGUUUUGGAGAAGAUCUAUCUGCAAAAAAGAUGCUUCCAGGAGCGACCUGUCGUCUUCCACCUCGUCUUCUACCCUUCCUUGUACAUCUGCCUGCAGAUCUUAAUAGGGAAUGUGGUGACCUGCACUGAGAACAUCAGAGUGGUUUCCGUCACGCAGCUCAUUGUGCAUUACAUCCUGGCUUUGUACUUCACAAAUGUCUUUCAUAAAGGCUUCCUGCGUCUGCAGUAUCAGGAAAAGCGGGUGUUAUUGAGGUCAUCCCGCCCGAAUGGGUUACCCGGCGUCCUGCGCUUCUUGUUCUUCGGGAUGCAUGGCUUUCUGGACGAGGUGCUCUUCACCUCUGUGUUCAACUUGUUCGAGAAAGCGGACCGGACCUUGAGGGGCCACACGUCCCUGUGGUCCUUCUUCAUGUAUGGGAGCUGCAGCUUCGUGGUGGAGAAGCUCUACCUCCAUCUGCACUUCAGGAGAGGAUGGGGAACCUUGCAGCGGCUUCCCAUCUACAUCUGCUUCAUCUACGCGUGGGAGUUCAGCUGGGGCUUCGCUCUGAGACAAUAUGACGCCUGUUCCUGGGACUAUUCCCACUAUCCUCUCAAUUUCAUGGGACUGGUGACGUUGCUGUAUCUUCCAGGAUGGGUCUGUCUGAGUCUGUAUCAAGACGUCUUGUCGAAUGUUCUGCUGAGGGUUGUGUGCAAUGAUAGGAAUGACGAGGAGAUGCCAAACGCUGGCGCCAAUGGACGCCUGCUGCCAAAAGGGAAGCUGGAGAAGGACAAACAGCAUGUGGGCUUUUCCUAAUAUACCCUCCUGGGACCAGCAGAAAGGCUUUUUAAUGUUUGAUGCUUGAGAAAGAAUUAAGAAGCUUUUUCAAAAGGGGAGGUCAGGGCUAUCUGUCACUCCAGGUUUCAUUUUGAAGGUCAAUUUCUGUAUCGAGACGCACCGUAGAAUUCAGAAAAAAUAUACUGUCCUGUAAACACUAUAAGUGGGGCAAGUCGUCACACUGUAUGGGGUAAGUUGUCACAACGAGAACCUGACUUCUGUUAGGAUAUCAUAGGCUGUUAAAUAGCUUUUUUUUCUAUAUUUAAAUGCUAAAAUAAUUGUGAAGCACAAAAAAGCUUGAAACCAUAACAAUGUUGACAUAGACAAAUAUCAUUGUUUUAGCCAAUAAUAGUUAUAUUACAGAAUAUAUAGUAUUUAUAAAAAAGUAUAUUAGUCAUUAGUAGCUAAAAAUGCUACAGUAUUAGUGUUAUAGAAUUUGUAAGAAUAUUUGAUAUUAUUUUAGAAUUUAGAAUUUUUAUAUUAAUUUAUUAUUCUGUAAAAUUACAAUGUUUAAUACACAUGUGACGGCUUUCCCUGAUAAA